UCUGUGCUUGAUCCAAGGAUUUGGAACGACCCAAAACAAGGAUAUGGCAGUGGAAAUCUUCGAACAGCUCGCCAACGACGGCCACAGCGACAGCCAGUAUUGGAUUGGGGAGCACUACAGCCGUAGCUGGGAAGCAUGCCGUGACCAGACCAAGGCCUUCAAGUGGUUCAGCGCAUCUGCAGACCAGGGCAACUCGUAUGGGGAGUUUAAGGUUGCAGAGUGCUACUAUUAUGGAACCGCAGUCGCCAGCGACGAGGACAAGGCGGUUGAGUGGUAUCGCAAAUCGGCCGAGCAAGGCAAUCGAAAGGCGCAAUAUGAACUUGGCGAUCUCUAUCUGAUGGGUAUGAGUAUUCCCAAGGACCGCAACGCUGCCGCCGAAUGGUUCCUCAAAUCCGCCGCGCAAAAUUACACACCUGCCUUCUCCAGGAUCGAAUCCCUAGGCCUGUAAUGCCCACCACGAAUAUCCAGCGGGUGGCGCCUAUGAGACCUCCUGCCCAAUAUCAGAUACAAAAUAUAGUCAAUCCAGAAAGAAACUGGACAGUGUUCGAUUCCUCUGGCAUCAAAGCCCCAGUGGCCAGGCGGUGCGAUUGUUUCCCGUCCUGGGAGACAAUCUCUUUGAUUUAGUUGAUUUCGGGAAACGUGGCCUUGAACAUGCCAGUCGAUCUCCCGUGGCGACGAUCGACUAGUGGCGACGAUCGACUAGCGUACCAAGAUCAUGUUCCUGG